AUGCUAAAGGAUUAUGAGUUGAUCUCGGGACAGAAGGUCAUUCAUAGUAAGAGUUGUUUUUUGUCUCAUGCUAGUCUCUUGGGUGUGCAAAGACGUGUUGUCACACAAAUCACUGGGUUCCACACACAAUCUUUCCCAGUAAAGUAUCUUGGAUGCCCGUUAUACUCUGGGAGACGGAAGAAGAGUUAUUUUUCAGCUUUAUGUACUGCAGUUGUGAAUAGGAUGCUAUCAUGGAACGAGAAGUUGUUAUCGUAUGGUGGCAAGCUAGUUUUGAUACAGAGUGUGUUGUCGGUUAUGCCUACCCAUAUUCUUGCGCUGUGUAAGCCUUAUGAGGAGGGAGAUGUGGGCUUACGGUCGUUACAGCAUGUCUUUGAUGCGUUUUCUUUGAAGUGGUGGUGGAAGUUUAGGCAGAGGCAAUCAUUAUGGGCAGAGUUCAUGCAUUCGAAAUAUAUCUUGAAUUUGCACCCUUGCUACUCAGAGGCUUGCCCAGGGCAGUCUGCUACUUGGAGGAGGAUGUUGGACGCUCAGUUGGUGGCAGAGAGGCAUAUAAGGUGGAUAGUAGGUAGUGGAAACUCAAGUUUUUGGCACGAUAAUUGGUUAGGAUCAGGGUUGUUGUGUCGACAAGUGAAAAUUUUUCAAGAACAACCAGUUGCGGAUUUCGUGGUUCAUGGUGGUUGGAAUGUGCAGAGGUUAUAUCAGGUUUUGCCUAUGCACUGUGUGUAA